UCUGAUCAUUUCAGUCAUUUUAGUGGGUUUUGUAUUUUAAUUGUGUAUGUAGAAUCUACUCCGCCCAUCAGGUGAUAACCGUUAUUUGGACCGUACAUACUUAAGAUAAGCAUGAUUAAAAACCCAAAUGGGCCACACCAGUGGAAAGAAUGUGAAAUUGCUCCCUGAACUGCUAAGUUCACACGUUGUGACCCACCUGAGUUUUGUAUCAGGCUUAAUUUUUUCUUUCGUCUCUUCAUCCUGGUAAAAUACACCCGAUUAACGGUUGAGAUGCCAUCCCCAUUGUUCCAUGUGGUGUGGCUGAUCUGAGUUGCGGAUCUACCUGGACUUUUUGUCUUUUGGCCUAACAUCGAGGAUAGAACCUGAUAGACGGAGUUGAUUUUACAUAUAAAGCAUAGUGGGUCCCAAAGACUGGGUGUUUUACGCACUGGUGUGGCUCAUCUGAGUUGCGGAUCUAGCUGGAUUUUUGGUCCUCCUGCCUAACAUCGAGGAUAGAACCUGAUGGACGGAGUGGAUUUUACAUGUAAAGCAUGUGGUACGUUUAAGAAAGUGGUGAAGAAGAGAUCGACUGAGAAUUUCAAGGGGCUACCGUACGUGUGCACGCUACUGAGCACGUGUUUAUGGACUUUCUAUGGGCUACUGAAGCCAGACGGUUUAUUGAUUGCAACUGUCAAUGGAGCUGGUGCUGCCUUGGAGGCCAUCUACGUCACCCUUUUUAUCAUUUUUGCACCCAAAGAUGCAAAGGUAAAGAUGAUCAAAUUGGUGACAAUCUUGAAUGUGGGACUUUUUGGAGCUGUGAUUGUUGUCGCCCUUUUCGCCAUCCAUGGAAGUGUCCGCCUUACAAUGAUUGGAUUCAUGUGUGCUGGCUUAACAUUAGGCAUGUAUGGUUCGCCAAUGGCAGCAAUGAGAAUGGUGAUAGUGACAAAAAGCGUGGAUUACAUGCCUUUCUUUCUCUCCUUCUUCCUCUUCCUCAAUGGUGCUGUUUGGACGGCUUAUGCCAUCCUUGUAAAAGACUACUUCGUUGGAGUGCCGAACGCAAUUGGCUUUGUCAUGGGAUCUGCACAGCUGGCCAUCUACACUAUUUAUAGAAGCAGGAGGUCCACAACUAAAACAAGCCAUGAGAAGGAAGUAGAAGAAGGAUCGGCCCACCUCGUCAAAGGUCUAGAAAUGCAGUUACAUCAUGAAAAUGAAGCAGCAGCUGAUAAGGGUAGAAUCCUUGACAAAGGAAGGAGUCUCCCCAAAACAAGCGUUUCACGUCAGCUCAGCUUCCAAAAGAUUGUCAAAUCGCUUUCCCUAACUUAGGGC